UGGCUUGCAUAAUAUAGAUUUCUGAACGAAGCUUUUGUGUCACAUUAUUGUCAAUGUAUAUGUGUCAUUUUACGCGCAAGAGAGGCGGGUUGUGGGUUGAGAGCAUUAUUUACUUUUAGUUAAUUUUACGUAUUAGAUUUUUAAUUAAACUAGCAUAAUUUAGUAUUAAAUAAACAUGGACGGGACACCGGAUAACAUCAUAGUGAAUUCUUGUGAACUAACACCGAUAUAUUUGAUACAGGAUUCGGGCGUCGCUCAGGCUACGUCGUAUGUUUUAACACCGGCGAACCAAGUUGAACAAAAACCAGUGAGUAACCUCAAAAGAUUUUACGAAAGUAGCGGGAAUUUGGAGAAGAGUGUUCUUCUGAAUAGCCCAGAGCCCCCAGCGGCGAAGCCUAGAAUUUUGAAGAAAGCUGAAGCGGGUCAGAUUGGAAAUAACCUGAAAUUAGCCAGUUUUCUUGUGCCGAAGACAAGUGCUCAUAAUGUUCAGACAAAGCCGGUGCACACAGUAAACACUGUGACCACAGUGAACACAUUGAACACAGUGAACACAUUGAACACAGUUAACACCGCGAACAAUAUAGUGUUCAAGCCGGCGACAGCUACUGUGGUUACUACUAGCCAGAAUGUUCCGCUCACCAUGACGCAUGCAGUGCCGAAGCUAGACAUGGACAGGAAGAUUGUGAAGUUGAAGCCCUCUGAUACAGCUUCAAGACAUUUCCGUGGUAGAUCAGUACCAAAGAUAAAACCCAAAGAAGUGACACCAGAACCGCCAAAAUAUACAUCAGUGCAGUUACUCAAGCUAGGAGAGACAUACCAUAGUCUCAAUGUCCUGAGUGACGACCAGGUGAAAAUGGUGAACCAAGCUCUGAACAUCAUCAAGGAUCCAGAAAAGAUCCCUCCUGAGCCUGCUUACGACCCUGUCACAAAUACACGAUUCAUAUACAAGGUCGUGUCACCAAAAGACUUAAAGGUGGUCGGGCGCAACAAGGUGGCGCUGAAAGAGCAGCGCCGUGUCGCCGCCGCGGUCGAGACGCGCCCGUUGGGGACGGUGAUCACGCGCAGCGGGCGCAAGGUGCGGCUGCCGCGCGCCGUGCAGGAGGAAGAGCCACAGAAGCCCCGCCCCACCGCACGGAAGCCCGCCACCGUCGUCACAUGCGCGCAGUGCGACACUGACUUUGGCAGCCUCUACCAGUUGCAGAAGCACUACGAGAGCCAGCCCACCCACGCACCGUCCAAGACGCACUGGAGCCUGUUCCACUGUCUGCUGGCCAUCGUGGCCGGCUCGCCUGCUGAGGCCAGGGCUAAGCUGUUCAUACAACAGCUGGAGCUGUUGGUCCGGAAGCUGAAGGCGCUGCUGCCGUGUCUGCUGGCCGGCGCCGGCGCGUCCAACGGGGAGCCCGGCGGCAAGCCCUCCGCGCAGCCCGCUGACAUCGGAGACGACGUCGGCAGAUUAUUCGGUCUGAGUUCCGGCAAGUACAACCUGGACAUGGACGCCUUGAGCUGCGUCAAGGGCAAGGACGGGCACUGCAAGCACAACCCCGCGCAGCCCGCGGCGGCGGCGGGCCCCGCGGACGGCAAGCCCUCGCAGCGCUGGCGCCACCAGCACCGCGACGACUGCGCGCGCGUGCACACCGCGCACUCCUGGCCCGUCGUCGGCCCCAAGCUCCACGACAUCAAGCAGAAGACUCAAAAGAACAAGAAAAUGAAGCUCGUCCCCGACAGCGAAAUAAUAGAACUCAACCGCGAGGACCUCCUCGCCCUCGGCGCGAGCGACGCCGAGGUCCCGGUCCCGCAAAAGAUGAUCUCCCUUCUCAAAAAUGAAAUCGAGCCCGACCCGCAACCCGACAAACCCCAAACGGAAGAAAUCGAGAAACCUAAAGGUCACGUUAAGUUUCAUAGUGCGCACUUCGAUAUCCGCUCGUCCCCUAUCAAACCCUCCUCCUCCACGGUGUUCCGGACGUUCCAGAUAAACCCCGAUAAGAUGGAGAAAUUAAACGUGCAAAUCAUAAGGCCCCUGGAGCUAGAUCAGACACCCAAUGAAGUUAUAAAUGAAACGCCGACGAUCUCAGAUUGUACAAAGUUAGAUAGUAUAUUUAGAGAUGAAAUAGAAAUGUCGUGUAAAAAUGUAAUAAAUAAUGAACUCAGUGAUGGACUUAAUUUCAAUAGUGGUAAGGAUUGGGCGAUAUCGUCUUCGAAUGAUGACCAGUCGAAUGCGGUGAUAGAGCCGGCUCUGUUACACAUACCUGACGAUAGUCUGGCUUAUAGUGAUAUCAACCAAAACGCUGAUAUGCCAGUAUUGACUGACGAACACGAUACUCAAGAUGGCCGCCUAAGUUUGAGUCAACAUCAAUCAGUAUUGAACUUUCUAGAAACCUUAGGUAAUGAACUAAGUUAUCCUGAACCUGAGAUUAGAAAUGCUGCAGUUGACUUUCAAUUAGACUUAUUUUCGUUUAAUAAUACUUAACACUAGUUCCUAAGCAUAGGUAUAUUUAAAUUAAGCACACAUGACUGAUAAAUAAGUAAUGUUUAUUUACAAUAAAAUAAUUUUAGUAGAAUUUCCUA